GGCUUGGGGGCCGCAGUCAGUCGAGCCUCAGCCGCGCUGCCCGUGAGUCAGUGAGUCCACGCGACGUGCGGGGCCCCGCGGCACAGUGCGCCCUCCUCCUCGCCGGCUUGCGGCAUCCAACGGAUUACCCGCCAUUUCUCUUUCGUCCCAUAGCAAAGAUUGAUCUGACGUCACCAUGCUGUACGGACUGCUGCUCCGCCUGUUCAUCGUCUUCUUCAUGGCGGUGACGCGCUGGGUGGUGCUGCCGCUGUGGCGCCCCGACAUCACCAAGACCCACGUCUCGGACGUGCAGGACCGCGGCGUGCCGCUGCUGCACCAGUACGACUACAUCAUCGUGGGCGCCGGGUCGGCCGGCGCCGUCCUCGCCAACAGGCUGUCGGAGGACCCGUCGGUGACGGUGCUGCUGCUGGAGGCGGGCGACAACGAGGACCCCGUCGGCGACAUCGUGGCGGCCUACCCCGUGCUCCCCAACGGCCCCCACGACUGGGCGUUCAAGACGGUGCCGCAGCAGGAGUCCUGCCAGGCGCUGCGGGGUAACAUGUCGUCAUGGCCGCGCGGCAAGGGUCUCGGCGGAUCCAGCGCCAUCAACGCCAUGCUGUACUACCGCGGCAACCGCAGGGACUACGACGGCUGGAAGAGGGACUUCGGCCUCCAGGGCUGGGGCUACGACGACGUGCUGCCCUACUUCAAGAAGAGCGAGGACAUGCGCGACCCGGUGCUCAAGGACUCUCCGUACCACGGCGUGGGCGGCCCGCUCACCGUGGAGCACUACAAGUUCUACGCCGGCAUCACCGAGGACUUCCUGAAGGCGGGCCUGGACCUCGGCCUGCCGGUGCUGGCGGACCAGAACGGCGAGGUGCAGUCCGGGCUGGCGAUGCCCCACGGCACGCUGAGGGACGGGCUACGCUGCAGCACGGCCAAGGCCUUCCUGCGGCCCGCGGCGGACCGGCCCAACCUGCACAUCAGCCUGCGCUCCACCGCCCUCAAGGUGCUGCUGGCCGGCCAGGGCGACAGCCUGCGCGCCGUGGGCGUGCGCUUCCGGCGCGGCGCGGAGCGCGAGGUGCUGGCGGGCCGCGAGGUGAUCCUGUCCGCCGGCGCGGUGCAGUCGCCGCAGCUGCUCAUGGUGUCCGGGCUGGGGCCGAGCGACCAGCUGCGCCGCGCCGGGGUGCCGCCCGUGCUGGACCUGCCCGGGGUGGGCGCCAACCUCCAGGACCACGUCGGGCUGGCCGGCCUCAUCUGGCUCGUGGACGGCGCCGAGCACAAGACCACCGUGGCCACGCGCAGCGCCUCCUUCGGCAACCUCAUCGACUUCGUCAAGAACAACGGGGGGCCCAUGUCGGGCCUGUCCAUGGGGGAGGUCCUGGGCUUCGUCAGCACCAAGUACGCCAACGCGUCGGACGACUACCCCGACGUGCAGAUCUUCCUGGCGAGCAUCUCGGACGCGGGUGACGCCGGGCAGGUGAACGCCGUCAACCUGGGCCUGGAGCGGUCCGCGUACGACGAGGUGUACGGCCCCGUGUCGCUGCGCGACGCCGUCACGUGCCUGCCCAUCGUGCUGCGGCCGCGCGCCAGGGGCAGCAUCGGCAUCUCGGCGCCGACCAUGGACAAGCCGCCCGUCAUCGACCCCAAGUACCUGAGCCACCCCGACGACGCGCGCGUUCUGGUGGAGGGCGCCAAGCUGUGCAGCAAGCUGAUGCAGACCAAGACCAUGCAGGCCAUGAACGCGAGGCCCAACCCCAACAAGUUCCCCGCCUGCAGCCACCUCGAGACGCUCUCCGAGGAGUACCUCGAGUGCCAGGCGCGGCAGUACACCAUGACCAUCUACCACCCGGUGGGCACGUGCCGCAUGGGCCGGCCGGACGACGCCCAGGCCGUGGUGGACGAGCGGCUGCGUGUGCGCGGCGUGCGCGGGCUGCGCGUCGUGGACGCCUCCGUCAUGCCGACCCUCCCCAGCGGCAACACCAACGCGCCCACCAUCAUGGUGGCCGAGAAGGCCGCCGACCUCAUCAAGGAGGACGCGCAGGAGCUCGGCAAGCUCGCCAGGCCGUCACCAGCGGAGCAGUGCAGGCAGGAGAAAGGCAAGUGCCGAGACAGAGACAGGGCCGACGGGGCCGUCAAGGAGGAACUGUGAUACUUCCACGUCUGUUCUGCCCAACGAGUGGGAGUUUAUGAUGAACUGUGAUACAAAUAACUUGUGAUAUUCACUAGGAAAAGGAAACUGAUUUCUUAGCUCAAGAAUAAAUAAUUUAAGGACCAUACAUGAG